AGUGGUCCGCAUUAGUCAGCUGGCCAUCAUCACCUUCUUCUUGUGCGCUAGCCGCAGGUCCGGCCCUCCCGAGAGUUCACCGCUGCUCAAGUGGCUGCGGCUGUGUAAAUCCGGUUUUCUCUCGCGUUUAUGAUGCUGGUGAUACACACCGCCGUGUGAAGCAGGGAAUAAUCUACCAAGCGGAGGACGGCUUAAGUGCGAAAAACGGGUCUUCGAGAUCUGGCUAGCAGUUUCGGUUGCGGUGGCCGCCGAUACCAAUACUAGAGGAUCGUGCGCAGUCGGAUUGAUAACAACAAAUGUGAGAAGACCACCUGUGACGAUUCCGUGAACCCUAGUGCAGUGAGCGAGAGGAGAUCGUGCUUUUAAUCAUCUAGUAGCCAGCUUCACCCAACGGAGUACUAGAACGAUGGCCGACGAGUUUGAUGCUUGCGAAUGCUUCUGGAACCAUGAGAUCGCUAUGCGAAGGUUGCUCUCAUUGCUGCGGCAAGGACAAUCAUACUGCAACGAUAACGAAUGUACCGAUCUGCCGACUCUCCCGAAUGCCAACGCUGGAACGAACUUUUUCCUGAUCAUCAUGGCCUUGAUUUUCGUGGCGGUCAUGUACGUGAUGCGGCCUCCGUCGCUACGGCGACGAAAUGACAUCAGCAAAGCACUACCGCCACCAUCCAACGAUGGACCCAACAAUGAUGGUGCACCACCAUCUGUUUCCUGAAAAAAUCAACAAUGGUUCUUGAAAAGCAGCAAAGAGCACAAACGGAGUUGGCGGCGACCGUUGGUCGCACGAAUGGUGCCCAAAACCGUGGUCCCUGCAGGGCUGUGUGAUUCUCUUUCUUGCUCAUGGCUCCUUCUGUUAACCAUCCUGUAAUGUAAUCGUCGAACGGACCGCUCCGCGAAGAUGUACCCCCGGAUCCUAGCGGUGUGAAAGAUAUGGAAAAAGUUUUCUUUUCAGUGCAAUUAUCUCUUCCUGCACACCUUUCCCUUUAUGUUUGUGUGUCAUCUGUUGCGCAUCAAUCUCAUUGGUCGCUAGGGACAGCCACGGUUAACGUGUUGUUUUCUUUAAGUUUUAUUGUUCUUCCAACCUAAUGCAACUCCACUCCAGUAAUAAUGUCGCGUAGGAUUGUCGUGAUAGUUUGUUCGGACAGUUUCUCUCCUAUAUACAUAAUGACCCGGUUAGCUCGGUGCUCCUGUGUUUUGUGCCCUUUCCACGCAAUAAAUCAUUUGAAGAUAAUUACUAUCCAUCA